GUCCAAGCAUCAUCACUCGAGCUAAGUCUACAGCCUUCCAUCUACAGGGUUACUUGAGCAGUUUGGCAAUCAAAAUUUAAGUAAAAUAAUAAUUUUAAUUAUGGUACAAAAUUCUUCGGCUAAAAAUCCUACGCUCAUGGAUCUUUCAAGUGUCGAACGGCAGCAGUCUGGCCAGCAGCGCCGCUGGGAGGAUAUCCACAGUCUGAACACCUUUCUGCAGGACAUCUUGUGUUUCUUCAUUCUGCUAUCCUUGGGCCUGGUGAUGGUGGCCUGCAUCCUAUGCUUUGUUGUUAACGUCCGUUACACAGCAACACCGCAGCACAGCCAUUCGGAUAAAUCAACAAAUAUGUCGCGGGUAAUUACCGCGGAUGUGUUGGCUCAGCAAGCGCGCUUUCAAGGUGGACCCAUUUGGAUCCGUUUUUUCCGUUGUCAAAAGCAACAGCCGCAGCAGGAAGCAAAACUGGAGCAGGUGCGGGAACCGGAACAGGAUGUUGUGGGACAGGGACAGGAGCAGCAUGCGAAGCUUGAAAAGCACCAGCCUCAUUUCGUUCCCACCUAUCAGCCCAUCGACUAUUCCGACCUGGCUGGCGGGGACUACGUUGAUAAGCAAUCAGACUCGGUAGCUCAGCCAUUUCCUGUCGAUAACUUCAAAAGGAGGUAAAGGCCUGAUGACACGAUAAGUUUUAAAUGUGACUGUUGAGUCUCAGCGUGUUAUAGAAGACUUGAUAUCCCCUGAUAUCCCCUGGAUUUUCUAUAUAUUUUGGUAGGUAUCAAGCACUAUCGUCGACAAAACAACAGGAAAAGGCAGAGGUUCUCGAGAUAAACGUAUUGGUUUUGUAAUAAAUGCCUAACAGCUGCCAUUAAAGCCAUUCAAUAACUCAAA